CCAGAUGUGGACCCUCAAAUUCUCCAAGGGCUGGGAGACCAGCGACAACGCUCAUUUAGGGCGCCAGUUUUGGGAGUUCGACCCAAAUCUCCAGCCCUCUCUUGAAGAACAAGCUCAAGUUCAUAAUGCCUGCAAUGAUUUCUAUACCCACCGCUUUCAUGCCAAGCACAGCUCUGAUCUUUUAAUGAGACUUCAGUUGAGGAAGGCGAAUGGGAGUGAGGUGAAGCUGCCAACUCAAGUGAAGCUUAGAAGUGAAGAGGAAAUAAGUGAAGAAGCAGUGGAAACCACGUUGAGAAGGGCCAUCAGAUUCUACUCAACUAUGCAGACACAAGAUGGCUUCUGGCCUGGUGACUAUGCUGGCCCUUUGUUUCUUCUUCCUGGCCUGGUGAUUGGGUUAAGCGUAAUGAAGGCUCUAGAUACAGUCCUUUCGCACCACCAUCAACAAGAGAUGCGUCGCUACCUUUACAAUCAUCAAAAUGAAGAUGGAGGGUGGGGAUUGCAUAUAGAAGGGAACAGCACAAUGCUCUGUACAGCUCUAUCUUACGUGAGCUUGAGAUUGUUGGGAGAGGAAAUGGACGGUUGCGAUGGAGCCUUGCGUCAAGCAAGAAGAUGGAUUCUUGAUCGAGGUGGGGUCACCUCCAUCCCCUCUUGGGGAAAACUCUGGCUUUCCGUCCUUGGAGUAUACGAGUGGGAAGGAAACAAUCCACUUCCACCAGAGAUAUGGCUGUUGCCUUAUUUUCUUCCAUUACAUCCAGGACGGAUGUGGUGUCAUAGUCGAAUGGUAUAUUUACCAAUGUCAUACUUGUAUGGAAAGAAAUUUGUGGGACCAAUCAGCCCCAUCAUCACGAGCCUUAGGCAAGAGCUUUACACGUGUCCUUAUCACAUGGUUGAUUGGAAUCUUUCUCGAAGCCUCUGUGCUAAGGAAGAUUUGUACACGCCACAUUCGAACAUACAAGACAUAUUAUGGGAUUCAAUUCACAAGCUUGGUGAACCAUUAUUGAAGAAAUGGCCACUCUCAAAACUAAGGCAAAAGGCUCUUGACUUUGUGAUAAAACACAUCCACUAUGAAGAUGAAAACACUCACUAUCUUUGCCUUGGACCUGUUAGCAAGGUGCUAAACAUGGUGUGUUGUUGGGAUGAGGAUCCAAACUCGGAAGCGUUUACGAGACACAUUUCAAGAAUCAAAGACUACCUCUGGCUAGCUGAGGACGGAAUGAAAAUGCAGGGAUAUCACGGGUCUCAAUUAUGGGACGUAGCCUUUGCCGUUCAAGCCAUUGUUGCAACGGAUCUAGUCGAGGAAUAUGGUUCGGUGCUUAAGAAAGCGCACCAUUUCGUCAAAAACUCACAAGUGAGGAGAAAUGGGUUUGGAGAUGAUGAUCCAAGUGAUUGGUACCGCCACAUCUCAAAGGGUGGCUGGCCCUUCUCAACUCCGGACAAUGCUUGGCCUGUCUCUGACUGCACUUCUGAAGCUUUGAAGGUAGCCAUUAUGAUGUCACAGAUGCCACCAACAAUGGUGGGUGAGCCAAUGGAUAUACGUAAAUUAUACGACGCGGUUGAUCUGAUCCUUUCACUUCAGAAUUCCAAUGGAGGAUUUGCUUCAUAUGAACUCACAAGAUCCCAUCCAUGGUUGGAGAAGUUGAAUCCAGCUGAAAUAUUCGGAGAUGUGAUGAUCGACUAUCAAUAUGUGGAGUGCAGUUCAGCAGCCAUUGAAGGGCUUAAAGCAUUCAUGAAGCUCCAUCCAAGCUACCGCAAGAAAGAGAUUCAAGCUUGCAUGGCCAAAGCAGCAGAUUUCAUUGAAACCAUUCAGCAGCCUGAUGGAUCCUGGUAUGGCUCAUGGGGGAUUUGCUAUACAUAUGGGACAUGGUUUGGCAUCAAAGGGUUAGUUGCUUGUGGAAGAACCUAUGAGAAUAGUAAAACCCUAAGGAAGGCUACUCAUUUCCUUCUUUCUAAACAACUCAAAUCCGGUGGUUGGGGCGAGAGCUACCUCUCCGCUCAUAACAAGGUAUACACCGAUCUCAAAGAUGGCAAAUCUCACAUCGUCAACACUUCUUGGGCCCUGUUGGCUCUCAUUAAAGCAGGGCAGGCUCGAAGAGACCCAUAUCCGCUGCAUCGAGCAGCAAUGGUUCUGAUUAAUUCUCAACUCGAUAAUGGAGAUUUCCCUCAACAGGAAAUUAUUGGAGUAUUCAACAAGAGUUGUAUGAUCAGUUACUCGGCCUAUAGAAACAUAUUUCCUAUAUGGGCUCUUGGAGAGUAUCGGUUAAGGGUUUUGAAGCGUCAAGAAUAACGAUACCUAAAUAUUUCUAGUGUAAAUGUUUUUAUUUAUAAAGAAAUAAAAAUUGUAAAUAUUUUAUAAGCACAAACAUUAAUAUU